UCUGGUGUUGUUUCAAAUUAAAUAUCUUUUUGUUUUGUUAAUUCAAUGAGCAAUUAUUGACUUUCAAAUAUUAUUGAUUUUUUAGCAGAAAAGCUCCACCUAGUUCAACAGAAAAUGAACUUAUGCAUUGCUUUGAGCCAUGUCAAGCUACGCACUGGCGAACGCAGUAAUCGUCAAUCGGUCCCGUGAUGUAAAUUUUAAUUAUUUCCUGCUUGUUGACUGAAAUUUAUCUUACCUGGGGGACUAAAAAUUAUGAUGAUCUUACUAAUGUAAUGAACUAAUCAUGAUUUAAAACUCAAACUUUUUCAUUAUCUCUCAUAAUCCUUUUUUUCUAUGUGUCAAAUUCGCAUUUGAAAAGCAAGAUGGUUUGAUUCGUUUAAGCUAGGCUUACAUUUUAACAAUCAUAAAAUUGAAAAGUUUUAUUGCUAAAAAAGCAUUAUGGCUCCUAACGUGGAUCCAGGCAUUUUGGCUCCGGAUGUGGUACGGGAUACUUACCACAUAUCUCACAUUGCAGAAUGGUUCCAUGCCUUUCCUCAUGUGGACAUAACAUUUUCAUCAGUAAAUACUACAUUUGAUCCAAGUAACAGUGCUUACUUGGAGGCUUUAGGGAUAAUCAUAGCUGUUCCUGGGUUCUAUUUGAUUUUAACAUUAUUGGCAUUUUUAAUCUUCUUCUUGUGUCGUUGUUGUGACUCUAGUUUUAAAAGAAAAAGAAAAAUAACCCCUCUAAAAUGGACUCUUGGCUUUUUUGCCAUUCUUUGCUGUGGUGCAAUUGCUGUAGGGCUAUAUGGAAAUGAAAUAGCUCACAGAGGUAUCGAUAAAAUUGAAUCCUCAGCCGUAAACAUCUCCGAAGUUUUAACUAACGUGAAGGGCCAGUCAAUUAAAAUAGAAUCUUUGUUAAAUGAUGACGUUGACCAAGAUUUGCAGAAGCUAGAAGGUUUGUUCAAUGUUGUGCAAAACAUUUCUUUAAGAGAUUUUUUUGACAAUGGUCUUGAAAGGAUGAAAGAAAAUGUAACAAUAGGCUUGAACAAAGUUAACGACAUCAACCAUAAAGUGGACAGUAUGAAUUUUCAAAAUAUUCCUGGCAUUAUUGAUGAAGUAGAAUUCAUCAGAUGGUUAGCUACUAUAGGUCUAUUAUGCCUUUUAAUCAUACUGUGUUUAACACUUAUUUGGGGUGUUAUCAAACAUUCAAGAUGUCUUCUAAUAUUGUUUUCAGUGUUUGGACUUCUCUCUGUUGUAAUAUGUUGGGUUUUAGUCUCUUUGUAUGUUGGUAUCUGUGUGGCUGGUUCUGAUUUCUGUCUUGACCCAGAACCUUUCCUGUAUCAGCAAACCAGUGGGGUUGUUGAAUCAGGGGUUUUGACGUAUUAUAUUCAUUGUGAUGACAAGGUUCAAGAUCCUUUUAACAAGGCAAUAUCAGAAGGUUCAAAAGCUCUGAAAAAUGUAAAUGAUACUCUGAAAGAAAUAAAGGAAGUUACUGAUGAAAUCAUAUUUCCUGAUAAAGGAACUGUUAUUAAGGAGACAUUGGCUCACUUGGCAGACCAUAUUGAUCAAACUGGAAGGUUGCUAGAAGCUGUUGUAAGCUACGUGAAAUGUUACAGAAUAAAUCAAGAAUAUAAGACAGCAAUGGAGGCUGCUUGCACAGGAACUCUUGAAGGAACUGCAUUUAUGUUAGUAUCAGCUGUAGGAAGUGGAUUAUUGUUCACUGUACUUAUUUGGGUGGCAUCUCAUACAUGGAUACAUAUUAGAAAAAAGCCAGCAGUGGAAAAUAUUGAUGAAGAAGAUCCUUUCCUCCCUCGAUCGUCCACUAUGAUGCAGUCAAGGAGAAACCGCGAGACGUAUGGCAGCACUGGUUUCCGUCCCCGUUCAAGUCAUACCCCACCCCAGACCCCUUACUUCAAUACAUCUUUAAAUGGACAUUCUGGCAAUCAUGAAGACCACAACUAUUUGCAUGGACGUUACACUCCUCCUCCAGCGAUCCGCUAAAAUUCAAAAAAGCUAGCAGCCAUCGUUGAUAGCAGUCUGCCUUGCACUUUGUUUGCACUUUAAGUUUAGUUUGCUUGUCUGUUCUGUGACUGACCCCCUCCUCUCCAUGCCUCAGUAUGACCAGUUGUCUGGGGGCCAUCUCAUGGGGCAUGUGGGAUCUAAAAUGAACUACCAGGCCUGAAUGUCCCUUCCUCUCCAGCCCGACGCUGAUCUCACCUGUGCCACCAAGUUCUGAAGAUGGAAGAGGAGCACCACCUGUUGGAAACUGAAUAGAAUCCUUUAUCUUUCUUUUAUCCUAUCUUCUGUAAUUCAACCUUGUUCAAAAGAGGAGCUCUCUACUCAGGAUUUGGAUACUUUGCAUUGGAAGAGGAAGAAGAUUUUUUUUUCUUUUGUUUGAGAGCUCAUUUAUUACAUUUUAAGGUAAAGCUAUGGCAGAUAUUUAAGUAAGCCUUAUAUUUCUGAUAUUAGUGUCUUAUGGAAACAAGUUCGCUCAAAACAGGUGCAUGCUAGCUAGGUUUGAAAAAAAAAAAAAAUAGAAAGAUUGCCUCUGUGUGAUUACUUUCACAAAAAACCUUGUUUCUUAAUUACUUCUUGAGUUUCAUAAUCAAAAUACAAAGUAUUUGUGUCAUUUAUUUAUCUUUUUUAGAUGCAUGAUUUUAGAUAUGUCGUAACCUCGGUAUGAUUUCGAUUUAAAAAAAAGGUGUUUUUAUAUAUAUAUGAACCUCUGUAAUUGUAAUAUACACUGAAAAAUUUGGCUCUUAAAUGCAACAAUAUUUAUGACUUGCUGAUGAAUGGUAUGGUUUAAUGGUGUUUUUUGGAUAUCCAUUUUGAAGCGGUGCUCAAUAAGUCAUUGAUGCUCUGUGUAUUUGAACUCUUUAGAUUUCAUUUUACAGUGUCUGUUAAAUGUGAAUCAGUUGGAUGUAGCAUUAUAAUGCAGUGUUUUCUCUUCUCUCACUGCUCAAUGUACAUAGCAAUGCUUAGCAUUUAAAGUUUUAUUUUAUGAUUGUUUAUGUUUAGAUGUUUAAUUGUAACCUGUUGUACAUUGAAAAACCUUUUAUACAAUUCCAUCGUCCACCUUUUCUUAGCAUUAAAAUUUUGAUGAUAUUGAAAGUGUUUAGUUUGGGUUAAUGUCCAACAUAGGGAUGCCAACUAACAUAGCUACUUGCCUAUUGCAGUAUUUUUUUCCCCUUUAAAUUGUAACGAAAAUUUUACAAGCUAAUUAUUGGAUGAAAAUUUUCACACCUACACCACUUCAAUUUCAUGCUAAAAGCAUAUUAUUUACGUGUAUUUACCUAUUCGACGAUGGUUAUAGAUAAAGGCUUACUAUGGAUGUUUUCCUUAUCUAAAAUUCAGAGCUUUACAAGAAAAUUAUAAAGGUUCUAAUUUAUUUAUUUUUUAAUGUUUAGAUUAACUAUUUAGGAGAUUAAUUAUUUUAAUGUUUUUUUUUGUGCUUAUAAGUGUCAAGGUGUUUUAAUCCAUUGGUAGUUUUGUCAUUUUCGUUUCUAAAUGUUCACCCCUUUUUUAUGCAACUAUGUGAACAACAACCCCCCCCCUCCUUUCAAUAAGAGAACUGAAAGGAUUUUUUCCCCCUCCUAAUUCUAGAUAGGUGGGUGUUUUGAAGCAUUGUUGAAUGAUUCAUUUUAUGCAUCUGGCAGCUUAUAAGUUGAAUAUUUUUGAUUUAAAGUUAUGGGAAGUAUUUUUUUCUUUGUAGGCAAAUGUAUCUAAAUGUUGGCAUUCCUACUAAUAUUUCACAUAAAAUCAGAUGUGCUUGAAUAAGAAGUAAUUUAUACAUAUUGGUUAGAUGUUCAUAUGUUUAUCAAUAAAAUUUUGUGUCGAACAAAAAACUAUGCAUAUUGUGCAAAGACGUUUUGAAUUUUAUAGUCUUGUCUAUUUCUGCUGUAUAAAACUCAUAAAGUAGGUAAGAGUGUAGUGCUUUAUCUGUACACGACUUUUUUUUAGAGUGAUUUAAAAACCUAUUUGCUUUUGUCAUACACUGCAUAUGUAGAUUUAAAAAUUUCUCUAUAGAUUUUUUAAUCUAUUUAGUCUUGUUAACGAUGUGAAAAGUUUUAAUAUUUUAAAAAAUAUAUUUUUUGGAAAUUAUAGAUCAAGAUUUUAAUCUUCUUUUUUUUCGCACAAAAAUUGAAGUUAAUUUUUUUGUAAUCUUUUAUACAAUUUUUAUGUUUUGUUAAAUUAAAUCCAUGUAAAUUUUAGUGUGAUAAAUAAUGUUUUAACUUUUUAACCUAUAAAUAAUAAAAAUGUUCAUCAAAUGUUUAUUGCCGGAAGUACUUAAAAAAAGCUUUCUUUGCAAUUUUAGGUACAUGCAUGUCAACUAAGACAAUUAGAUUAUAAAAUCUAGCUUUCCUUUUAAAAUGUGUGUGUUGUCUUGUACGUAGUGUUGUAUUGAUCAUGACCACUUUUAAUGCAAAAAGAUUAAAGUACAAAUAACAAACUUCUCAAAUUCCCACAAAAAUGUGAAAUAUGAAAUAUCUUUUUCAUUUAAUUGAUGCUUUAAAUCAUUUUUCAGUGAAUAUAUCCAAUUUCUAUUAUUCUGUCUAUUUUAAUAUUUAUUAAAAUAAAUAGUUUUGUUAAUUUAAAGUAGUAGUAAAACCAAAGCUAUGUUUUGUGUAAAGAAUUUUUGAAUUACUGUUUUGAUAAAUUAGGUUAUAGAUUUGUAGUUUUACUAUGAAAAUUUUCAAAAAAGAACUGACAAUUAGCUGCAUCCAAAUACAAUUAUUUUAUCACUAAGGGUGUGCCAUAAUUAUUGUUGCAUUGUUUUUUUAAUUGCUUAUUCAUUCUUUAUAUCUAUUUACAUUUUUAUAGCUUUGAGUAAAAUUUCAGCUAAUUUCUUUAUUGCUUUAAUACUAUUUCAUCAAAUUUUCUCUUUUGGAACAAGAUGAAGUAUCAUCUUUCUCAUUAAAAUUUUUAUCGAUACAAUUCUAGAAAUGUGUAUCAAUCUUUAAAAGUAUGCAAAAAUUAAGUGUGAUACACCCUUAAUGUCUCUAUACAUACAUAUUUAGUGUCUUAUUUCUAUGCAUUUAUAAUUUAUAUAAUUUCUUAGGCAAAAUAUUCUUCCAAUUAUCUUAAAAAAUUUAAGCGUAAAUGUUGAAGAGUGAGUAUUAUUUUGAAUGUGCAUACUUAUCUGUGAGUCCUUUGUAAGCAAAUUAUUUAGGGUUUUGAUUCUAUGAAAUGUUUUAAAAAGUUGCAGCUAUUAGUUACACAGUUUUAAUCAAAGUGCAUUAAAACGAAAUAUAUUUGUAAAAAAUAAUUUCAUGCAUGAAGUUUUGCUUCAUAUUUUGAAAGGUGUCUUUCUUAAAAUACGCAUUAGUGUUAUAUGUCAUUAGCCCUUGACUGUGAUAGUUGUUACUUUUUUUUUUGUCCUUUUUGUUGAUAUGUGUUGUAUAACUGUAGUAUUUAAGUAUAGCUCAACAUCAGCUUUCAUAUAGACUUAUAUUAGCUGCAGUUUUUUGCAACUCAGAUUUUCCAGUUUUAGGCUUGUAAAGCUAGAACUGCUGAUUGCCAUGACUUUCCGGUUACUUAGUAUUCAAUAUUAUGAAAUUUAUAAUUACAUUUUUAGUGAAAAUUCAUAAUUUUAUUCAUUACCUUUAAGAGCAUAAAAAGAUAUUCUACAUCAAAAUAUAUUUACUUGAAACUAUGUUAAUUCAUAGCAUAUUAAAUGUACCUUUUCAUGUAUGUCGUUAGUUACACAUAAUUUUAUAUUAGUAUCCCUAACAUUCGAUUGGUAAAUCAUUUUUUUUUUAAAUUAAAUGUAGUUGUAAAGGAUCAUCUGACUAAAUUUAAAAAAUGAAAUUAUUAAUAUGAAAAUAAAGUAGAAAUUAAUAAAAACCUUGUCUGGUACACAGCAUAAAAGCUUGUUUAAAUGUUAUAUUUAGUUAUUUUAUCUAGGACAUAAGACUGAACUGAUUUUAAUUUUAUUCAGUUCCUAUUAUCAUAAACAACUUGACACCUUAUCUCAGGUUAUUUAAGAAUUCCAACCAUGCCUUUUUUUCUUUUCUUUUUUUAACCAUUCCUAUUUUUCUUUAUGUGCAUAGUCUGUUGUUAGAUAGAUUCAGAUAAGGAAAGCCAAGUACUUUGUUAUUUAUAUUUACUUAAUGAUAAAUAUUAUAGAAUAUCUUUUAUUUAUGUUAAUUGUCAGUGGUUUUAACUCAAUGCAAGGUUUAGUUCUGUUUUAAUUGUUCAUGUACAAUGCAAUAAUCUGUAAAGUAAUCAAUUACAGUUUCCAGUAUUUGUAAGCAAUUUAUAUAAGAAUUUUUUUUUUUUUUUAUUCUUUUGUUGAUUAUAGAUAAUUAUUUCUAAAUGCCAUAUUUUUUACUUAUUUAGAGUGUGUGUUUGCUUUCAAUUUAAAAUGUUAUAUUCGAAGUUAAUAUUUCUUAUUUAAUUUUAUUAUUCCCUAUAUUCAAUAAUGUAAUAUCAUUACGUAAGGAUUUUGAUUAAUAUUCUUCUGCGUGAUCCCCUGCCAGACUUCCCUCAUUAAAUUUUUUUUUCAUUAGAAAAUGAAAAAUUUUAAUUUAAAAAUUAUGUACUGUUUCGUACUUAACUUAAACUUUCUAUAUGAUUAAAUAAUAUUUGAAAUAAAGACUAUGAUUAAAUAAUUUCGUAAACUUUUACUUUAUUCAACCCUCAAGUAUGCCUUCUGAACAAACUCUUUGCAUAUUUUUUACCAUUUUCUAUAUUGUCACAUCAAAGGGAACAUGAUCAAAAUUUUUAAUUUUUAUACUCUCUUAACUUUAUUGAUUUUAGACUAUUGUAAUAAAAUAUAGAAUAAUUUUGUAAAUCUUCAGCUUUGGAAUUAUUAUACAUUAAAGUUUGUAUCCACAUGUGUUAAAUAAUAAAAAAAAAAGUUUCUAUACCUUUUUUAAAGUUACAAACUUAUAUCCUAAGUUUCGUAUUAUGAAACUUAGAUGCUUACACUAUAGUAAAACUUAAAUUUCAAUUUGAAUAAGAUUUGAGUACUUUCUACCCUAAGAAAUUUUUUUAAGAAAAUCAAAUUAGUACUAUCUUUUAUUUUUCAAAAAAAAGAAAAGUUUUAAUAUUUUUAAAAAUAUAUUUUAAUCCUAAAUUUAAGAAAAUUAUUAAAAUGUUGCCACCUAAAUUUAAUGCAUUAAAUUACAUUUAAUGUAAUAUUAAUUAUAUUUUAAAAUUUUUUAUUAUAUUAAAUUACAUUUUAUAUAAUUAUCAAUUAAAGAAUUAAAUUUUAAUUUUUAUAAUUAUAACAAAAUUUUUUAUUUAAACUCUAUUUAUAUUCUGUAAAUCAAUGGUACAGUCUAGUUAGAUUUUUCUCUCAUAAAAGUUGCUCAAUAUGUCAGUCUAUUUUUCUGUAUUUUAAUAUAUUUAUUAAAAAAAAGUAGCAUGUUUAAAAUAUUAGGUAAGAUUUGUUGUAUUUCUUUUUUUUCGUAUAGUUUUAGUUUAUAUGUUUUAUGUCACAUAGUGUUUACCCACCACUUGCAACCUAAAUAAUAAAAAUUGUGUAUGGACAGUUUUAAUAAAAGUUCUCAAUAUGUUGGAAAAUAUUCAGCUGAUAUUAGUCGCACUGUAAAAUUGUUGCUCAUUUGCUGAAAUAUGUAUGCAACCUUCCCAUUUCUUUUGUGAUAAAGUAUUAUAAAACAAA